GACAGUCACUUUAUUACAAUCAUUUCAGUACAGAGUCCAUCAUAAGAAUGGGUUACCCAUAAGAAAUGAUGAUCACCUAAGGUGGGACAUUUGAUUAUGAAUUUAUAGAAUUGGCUGUGUUGUUUCAAGAUCACACACUGGUGAGAAAAUGGGGAUUUUGAACCUAGGACUAUGUUUUUUUUCCCAAAGACCUCACUCUUUAAAGCCAUAAUUUCUUUGUAUAAUUAAUACACCAUCCUUUCGGAGCAGUCUCAAUUAAGAAGUACUUUAUAUAGUAUAGCCAUUUCCUCUCAGUCCUUCUCUGUAUCUUGGAGGUUCAUCCCUGGAUUCUUGGAUAUGACUCUUAAUGGCUGACUUUAGAGACAGUUCAUGUGGUCAGAAAACAGUGUAGAUACUUUCCUUUAAAAUUAGUUGGUUAUCUGCCCUGUGUAAAAUAGAUUAUUGGCCUUGUGUCACCUAUAUAAUUAGGACAUUGCUAUAGUGUUUGUGGUUUUCCAUUGUAUUUUCACAGCAAGGACAGUAUAGACUAGUGAUGGUAAUCUUGUUUUAACAAAAUUAAAGUGGGGCCAUGGAGAGAGAACUUUGGAACCACAAAGCACAAAGGUCAGACUCUGAGAGGGAGAUUUCAAACCUGUGGCCUCACAUGAUUUCGGAAAUCUUGGUUUGCUUGGGUCUAAAUUGACACUCAUCCUACUGAGAGCUGGUGUAUCAGGGUGAGCAGAGCGAGUGCACAGGGAGACUGCCAAGCUCCAGCUCCACACACCCAGGGCUUUUAUUUUGACACUGUCAAAGAAUGUAUUAACAAGUGGCCAUGGCCAACACUGACGACAGGGGCUUAUUAAAGCUGAGCGAGCGGUGUUUAUUCAUCUUUUUGGAGCCAGCAGUGCUCAGAGGAGAGAUCAAUUUUGGUGUCAUUUGAUUUCUCUCAAAACUCAUUGGAAGCAUCCUAGCGAGGCUUUGAAGGACUCCAGAAUGUGCCCAUGAAAAAUGGAUCCGAAUAGCAAUUGAGCCAUUCAUUUGACAAACACACAUGAACUGUCCGUCUACUGAGUGGCCUGGGCAAAGGCUCUGGGGAUAAACAAUACACAAAGUACUGCUCCUGCUCUCUGGAAGCUCUAUUCUAAUGGUGAUGGAGAGAUGCUGACAUAUAAUUACGAAUGCUGAUUGGUGUCAGGAAGCCAUCACGGACAAGAUGAAUACCAACGACGAAAAAAUGAAAAUAAUUUCAGAGGACUUCACUGGAGAUGGUGUGGACACAGAGGCGGGAAGACGGAAGAAGAAUUCAAAGGUGCGAAGACAGCAGAGAAAGAAAAAGCCACCCGCCUCUCCCCCUGAGGAAAUGGUGUCAGACAAAUUCCAAGAUGGUGGGCAGCAGGAAGUGGUGGAGGAAGAGCCCGAGACCAACCUCCUGAGCUUGACAGCCCGGCGGGGGCCCCGGAGCUUACCUCCCAUCCCUUCAGCUUCUAGAACCGGCUUUGCAGAAUUUUCCAUGAGGGAACGAAUGAGGGAGAAACUUCAGGCUGCAAGGUCCAAGGCAGAAAGCGCAUUGUUGCGGGAUGUCCCCACCCCUAGACCCAGGCGCCUGCGCAGUCCCUCCAGAGAGAAGGAAACAGAGACUGAAUUUGGCACAGAGAACAGAGACAAGCUACAAACAAAUUCCUGGUAUUGUUUAUGGACUGAGUUAACAUGGAUUAGCAGUGUUUCUAUCAGUAACAGACACACGCCAAGUACAGAGGUGCAAGACACUCAAAAAGAAGACGACACAAAGAGUUAUUCAAGAAUUAAGUUCCGUGAUUCUGUACGAAAAAUUAAGUCAAAACCCCAGCUCCCUCCUGGUUUCCCAUCUGCAGAAGAGGCCUAUAAUUUCUUUACGUUCAACUUUGAUCCUGAGCCAGAGGAAUCAGAGGAAAAAUCACCAGUAAAAGGUGGAGAGAGAGCUCAUCAUGAGGACCAAGAAGGAGAAGAAGGAACACAAGCUCAAGAGAGAGCGAAGAAAACGGAAGAGGAAGAGCUGCUUAAUGGGAAGGAUGCUGAAGACUUCCUGUUGGGCUUAGAUCCCACGGCCCAUGACUUCGUGGCAGUCAGAGCUGCAGAGUACAAGAGUGCCCGCAUUCAGCUGCAGAAGGAGAAAGAAAUCCUCUUCACGCCUAGUCGGCUGACAGUGCCGACCUAUAAAAAGCUUCCUGAGAACAUACAGCCAAGAUUCCUGGAAGAUGAAGGUCUUUACAUCGGGGCCAGACCAGAGGUGGCACGCACCAAUGAGAACAUCAUGGAGAACCGACUGCUGAUACAGGAGCCUGGGAGUAAGUGGUUCGGAGAUGAUGGCAGAAUCCUGGCACUGCCCAGCCCCAUCAAGCCGUUUCCCUCAAGGCCAUCACUAACCACACGGGAGCAAAGCCCCAAGGCUGGACUGGAGACUUUGUACAAGAAGGCAGAGAAGUAUGUCCACAGUAGACAGCAUAUGAUUGGAUCUGGAGACCCUCCAGGAAAUUUCCAACUGGACAUCGAUAUUUCUGGCUUAAUCUUCACUCAUCACCCCUGUUUUAGCCGAGAGCAUGUCUUGGCAUCAAAGCUGGCCCAGUUGUAUGACCAGUACCUUGCAAGACAGCAAAGAAAUAAGACGAAAUUCCUUACAGAUAAGCUUCAAGCACUAAGAAAAGCUGUUCAGACCAGUCUUAACCCAGAGAAACCUCAUCAGUCUCUUGACACAACCCAGAAAACCAUCAAUGAGUAUAAAUCUGAAAUUCGGCAGACUCGAAAACUGCGAGAUGCUGAACAAGAGAAAGAUCGAACACUGCUGAAGACCAUCAUAAAGGUCUGGAAAGAGAUGAAGUCAUUACGGGAGUUCCAGAGGUUUACAAACACGCCGUUGAAGCUCGUCUUGAGAAAGGAAAAAGUUGACCCGAAACUAGAUGAGGAUGCAUAUGAAGCCGAGAUUCAAGCUGAGAUCCAUGAACUGCUGGAGGAACACAUGGAGGAAUAUGCAACAAAGAUGGAAGAGUACAGAACAUCUCAUCAGCAAUGGAAAGCCUGGAGGAAAGCCCAGAGGGCCAAAAAGAAGAAAAAGAAGCAAACAACAGAGGAACACCUCGAGGAGGAAGAGGCUGAGGAGUCCUUCCCUGAGGAAGAGGUUACUAAGCCCAUUCCCCCAGAGCCCACUGACCCAGCUGUCAUAGAGCAGCAGGUGCGGGAGAGAGCAGCCCACAGCAGGAGGAGGCCAGGGGAGCCCACACUCAUUCCAGAGUUGAGUCUGGCAGGGAAUGUGACCCCCAAUGACCAGUGUCCUAGGGUGGAGGUCUCCAGAAGGGAAGAUGUCAGGAGGCGCUCUGUAUACUUAAAGGUGGUCUUCAACAGCAAAGAGGUGUCGAGGACUGUUAGCCGGCCUCUAGGGGCAGAUUUCCGGGUUCACUUUGGACAGAUUUUCAACCUGCAGAUAUUCAACUGGCCAGAGAGCUUAAUGCUUCAGGUCUAUGAAACUAUUGGUCAUAGUGGUACCACCUUGCUAGCUGAGGUCUUCCUGCCUAUCCCUGAGACGACCCUUGUCACGGGAAGGGCCCCCAUUGAAGAGGUGGAGUUCAGCAGUAACCAGCAUGUGACAUUAGACCAUGAGGGAGUUGGAAGUGGGGUGCCCUUCUCCUUCGAAGCUGAUGGCAGCAAUCAACUGACUCUAAUGACAUCAGGGAAAGUGUCCCACAGUGUGGCAUGGGCCGUUGGGGAAAAUGGGAUUCCUUUAAUUCCUCCACUGUCACAGCAGAACAUUGGAUUUCGAAGUGCUUUGAGGAGGGCAGAUGCCAUCUCAUCCAUUGGCACAUCAGGGCUGACGGACAUGAAGAAGUUGGCCAAGUGGGCAGCAGAGUCCAAGCUUGACCCCAAUGAUCCCAACCACGCCCCAUUGAUGCAGCUGAUCUCGGUUGCUACCAGUGGUGAAUCCUAUGUCCCUGACUUCUUCCGGCUGGAGCAGCUGCAGCAGGAAUUCAACUUCGUCUCAGAGGAGGAAUUAAAUAGAUCCAAACGGUUCCGACUUCUCCAUCUUAGGAGCCAAGAGGUGCCAGAAUUCCGGAACUAUAAACAAAUUCCAGCAUAUGACCGAGAAAUUAUGGAAAAGGUAUUCCAGGACUAUGAGAAACGAUUACGAGACAGAAAUGUAAUUGAAACCAAGGACCACCUGGACAUGCACAGAGCCACAGUAGCCAAGUACCUUCAGCAAGUUAGAGAAGCAGUGGUAAAUCGCUUCCUAACUGCCAAACACCAUUUUCUUCUUACUGAUUUGGUAGUAGAAGAAGAAGUCCCCAAUAUCAGUUCUGAAGGCUCGGGCAUUUUGGGCCUAAGCCUUUUCAAGCUGGCAGAACAAAAGCGACCACUGAGGCCACGGAGGAAAGGUCGGAAGAAGGUGACAGCCCAAAACCUGUCUGAUGGAGACAUAAAGCUGCUGGUGAACAUUAUCCGGGCUUACGACAUCCCUGUAAGGAAACCUGUAGUGAGCAAGUUUCAGCAGCCAUCGAGAUCUUCAAGAACUUUCAGUGAAAAGCAAACUGCUUCCCCCAGCACACACAGCCCACUACACAACGCUGACUACCCCCUCGGCCAGGUCUUAGUCCGGCCUUUUGUGGAGGUCUCUUUUCAAAGAACAAUUUGCCACACAACCACAGCUGAAGGACCAAAUCCCAGCUGGAACGAAGAACUUGAACUUCCGUUCAGGGCCCCCAAUGGGGACUACAGCACAGCCAGCUUACAGUCAGUGAAGGAUGACGUAUACAUUAACAUUUUUGAUGAAGUGCUGUAUGAUAUCCUAGAGGAUGACCGUGAAAGAGGAAGUGGGAUCCAUACGCGUAUUGAGAGACACUGGUUAGGAUGUGUGAAAAUCCCAUUUAGCACCAUCUAUUUCCAGGCAAGGAUUGAUGGCACAUUUAAAAUAGACAUUCCUCCAGUUCUCCUGGGCUAUAGUAAGGAGCGAAACAUUAUUAUGGAACGAGCCUUUGAUUCUGCCCGAAGCUUGAGUGAAGGCUCCUACAUCACCCUGUUUAUUACCAUUGAGCCUCAGCUGGUUCCUGGGGAGCCUAUGAGAGAAAAGUUUGAUACCCAGGAAGAUGAGAAAUUACUUCAAGCAACAGAGAAAUUUCAAGCUGAAUGUGCCUUAAAAUUCCCCCAGCGUCAGUGCCUCACCACAGUGACUGACAUGACCGGGAAAACGGUUUUUAUUACGCGUUAUCUCAAGCCUUUAAACCCUCCGCAGGAGCUCCUUCACGUCUACCCCAACAACCCGCAGGCCACUGCGGAGCUGGUAGCUCGGUAUGUGUCCUUGAUCCCUUUCUUGCCUGAUAGCGUGUCGUUUGCUGGAGUCUGUGACCUGUGGAGCACUUCUGAUCAAUUCCUUGACCUCCUGGCGGGUGAUGAAGAAGAGCAUGCAGUACUGCUAUGCAAUUACUUUCUGUUCCUGGGUAAGAAGGCAUGGCUGGUGAUGGGCAGUGCGAUUCCUGAGGGUCCAACUGCCUAUGUGCUAACUUGGGAGAAAAAUUAUUAUUUAAUAUGGAAUCCCUGCAGCGGACAUUGUUACGGACAAUUUGAUGCAUUUUGCCCUUUGAAAAGUGUGGGCUGUUUAAUUGGUCCUGAUAAUAUUUGGUUUAAUAUUCAACACCAUGAUUCUCCACUAAGGAUAAAUUUUGAUGUCACAAAGCCCAAACUAUGGAAAUCUUUUUUUUCACGAAGUCUUCCAUAUCCUGGCCUAUCCAGUGUUCAGCCGGAAGAGCUAAUUUAUCAACACACAGACAAAGCAGUAGCUGCUGAACUGCAAGACAGGAUUGAAAAAAUACUAAAAGAAAAAAUCAUGGACUGGAGGCCACGCCACCUGACCAGGUGGAACAGGUACUGUACCUCCACCCUGCGCCACUUCUUGCCUCUACUGGAAAGAAGUCAAGGAGAAGAUAUAGAAGACGACCACAGGGCAGAGCUGUUGAAGCAGCUGGGGGACUACAGGUUCUCUGGAUUUCCUCUUCACAUGCCUUAUUCUGAAGUGAAGCCUUUGGUUGAAGCGGUGUAUAGCACUGGAGUACAUAACAUUGACCUUCCUAAUGUUGAGUUUGCUUUAGCUGUAUACAUACACCCUUAUCCCAAAAACGUUUUGUCUGUUUGGAUCUAUGUUGCUUCUCUUGUACGGAACAGGUAAUUUUUCAAUGUGUUUUUUAUAUCACCUAAAGAGUAUUGGUAUGUACAUGUUAAAUUAUAAUGGAAUCAAAAGAAAAUAUAUUUUGAAGUUAUGGAAUAAAAUUAUCAUCUGUAUAAAACUG